UUUCCCCUUGUCUAAAUUCUAAAAAUAAAAAUCCAAUCCGUAGCUAUCAACAAACACCCCCUCUACUUCCUAGUCACAAUUACAUAAGCUUUCAUCUUUGUCACCGGCGCUCCCGGUCGCCAGUCAACCCCGACCAAAUAUCUCAACACCCCAAACCGCAAUCUCUCUCUCUCUCUCUAUUUCUUGUUAAGAAAGAUAUAACGAAGACCAGCACACAACUUAUAUAUACACCCCCUCUCUCUCUACACAAACACAUUCACUCUAUUUACAUUCUCAUUAUUCCCAAUUAAACACAAACUCAAUUUUAUUUACACAGAAACAGAAGAUGCAUCUCUACAACGCCUGGCUGCCUCCCCCAAUCGCUGAGGAGACUAAGAAGGAGCCUGAAUCGUUCAGGCGCGUUGUUAAGUCUGUUCAACAAUCUUAUCGCCCUGAUGAUCCUGAAUCUGUUUAUUCUACUAUUAAGUGGAUCCCUGUUAUUGACCUCUUUGUCAAGGCGAAAAGUGAAGUAUCUUUGGAUGACGUCGUAGAACUUGUCGAAUUCGGGCUGCAAUUGUUCCACCAAUCGCAGGACAAGCUGUUUGCGCAGGUUAGAUGGGGAGCUUUACUUGUUCAGUUAUUGAAUAAAUUCCGCAAGAAAUUGUCGUUGAAAAUCCAGUGGCGCCCUUUAUAUGAUUCUUUGCUUCAUACACACUUCACAAGGAAUACAGGCCCAGAAGGAUGGAGGAUAAGGCAGCGCCAUUUUGAGACCGUCACUUCUCUUGUCCGCUCCUGCCGGAGGUUCUUCCCACCAGGUUCUGCGAAUGAAAUAUGGUCCGAGUUCAUACAUCUACUGGAAAACCCAUGGCAUAAUUCAGCUUUUGAAGGUUCUGGGUUCGUGAGACUUUUUCUUCCAACAAACUCAGAUAAUCAGGACUUCUAUUCCCAUGAGUGGAUGCAAAUAUGUUUGCAUCACUGGGAUAUGAUUCCGAAUUGCCAAUUCUGGAACAGUCAAUGGGCGGCUGUUACAGCCCGAGUCAUAAAAAACUAUAACUUCAUUGACUGGCAAGGCUUCUUGCCUACACUAUACAGCAAAUAUCUGAACAUGUUUGAGGUGCCAGUUGCGAAUGGCCACGGAUCAUAUCCUUUCUCAGUUGAUGUUCCUAGAAAUACGAGGUUUUUGUUUUCUAACAGAACUGUCACUCCAUCAAAGGCCAUUGCAAAAUCGAUUGUUUAUUUACUAAAAUCUGGUGGAGCAGCACAAGAGCACUUUGAGAAAUUGGUCAACCUCUUAGAACAAUUUUACCAUCCCUCUAAUGGCGGUCGUUGGACUUACUCACUAGAGAGGUUUUUGUUCCACUUAGUAGCUUCCUUUCAAAAACGCUUGCAAAAAGAGCAAAAGAAGUCAAAUGAUGGCAGUCAAGGUCAAGUAGUUCUGGGACAAUCAGAGAGGGCUUCCUUUGUCAGUACUGUAUUGAAGUUAAUCAAUCGUGGCCAAUAUAGCAAAAAUGAGCAUCUUGCAGAAACUGUUGCUGCCGCAACAUCUAUUCUGUCUUAUGUAGAGCCCACUCUGGUCCUACCAUUUUUAGCAUCUCGCUUUCAUAUGGCUCUUGAAACGACAACAGCAACUCAUCAAUUGAAGACUGCUGUGACAUCAGUUGCAUUUGCUGGGCGUUCGUUGUUGCUCUCACCAUUAUCAGAUUCAUCAAUGAAAAAAGAAGAUAUUGGCGGCUCUGAUGUCUACAGUGAUAUUUUGAUGAUCUCAUUAUCCAAUGCAUUGCUUGGUAUGGAUGCCAAUGAUCCUCCUAAAACCCUGGCUACUAUGCAACUGCUUGGUUCCAUCUUUUCCAAUAUUGCACUGCUGGAAGAUCAAAUGGAUGAACCCUCAUUCAUGCAAACAGUCAGCUUUUCUGAGUGGCUUGAUGAAUUCUUUUGUCGUCUGUUUUCCUUACUUCAACACUUAGAACCUAGUAGUGUAUUGAAUGAAGGUGCCCAUUCUCCUGCAACCUCAGGAACUUUUCUGGUUGAGGAUGGUCCUUACUAUUUUGCCAUGCUACAAAUUUUGCUUGGAAGGCUUUCAAAAACACUGUUUACCCAGGCUCUUAAAAAGAUAUCAAAGUUUCUUAAGACAAAUAUUCUUCCUGGAGCAAUCGCGGAGAUCGGGCUGCUUUGUUGUGCAUGCGUUCACUCAAAUCCAGAAGAAGCAGUUGUUUACCUUGUUGAACCAAUUUUGUCUUCUGUUAUAUCGUCUUUAAAUGGUACACCCGUUACAGGCUUUGGGGGAAGAGGAAAUUUUGAUUCUGCAGUUUCUAGCAAGGGAAAAGCAACACUCUCACCAGCUCUUGAAACAUCAAUUGACUAUCAGAUGAAAGUAUUGUCAGUCGCUAUCAGUUAUGGAGGUCCUGCACUUCUACAAUACUCCAACCAAUUUAAAGACGCAAUUGUUGCGGCUUUUGAGUCCCCAUCUUGGAAGGUAAAUGGAGCUGGAGAUAACGUCCUCCGAUCUCUUCUUGGAAGCUUGGUUCUUUACUAUCCUGUUUAUCAGUAUCAGUCUGGUUCACGGCAUCCUUUAUCUGGCGGUUUAGAGAAAUGGACAAGUACUAAAGAUUUUGAAAUGGAGUCAUCAGUGGGUCCAACUUGGCACAUUUCAAAUUCAGCAGAAGUUCAGUUUGCAAAUGAACUCCUUAACCUGCACUUGGAUUCAGCGUUGGAUGAUCUCCUAAAAAUCUGCCAAACAAAGGUUCAUUCAGAUACAGGAACUGAGAAAGAGCACUUGAAAGUGACUCUAUUGCGCAUAGAUUCUUCAUUACAAGGUGUCACAUCUUGCUUGCCUGAUUUCAAACCAUCUUGUGUAAAUGGGAUGGUUGAAGAUCAAGGCAAUACUUCUUUUCUUAUUGCCGGAGCAGCAGGUUCAAAAGUUGGAAGCAUUGAGUUGCGAGAAAAAGCUGCUACUAUUAUCCAUGCGGCCUGCAAGCACUUGUUAGAAGACAAGUCUGAUGAUAGCAUUCUGUUGCUACUUGUCAUCCGUAUCAUGGAUGCUUUGGGAAACUAUGGAAGCUCAGAAUAUGAUGAAUGGGCAAACCACAGACAGACUUGGAAACAUGAAUCUGCUUCCAUAAUAGAACCUCCAAUUAAUUUCAUUGUUUCUUCUCAUUCUGAAGGGAAAAAGAGACCGAGGUGGGCACUUAUUGACAAAGCAUACAUGCAUUGUACUUGGAGAUCAUCGCAAUCAAACUAUCACUUGUUUAGAACAAGUGGGAAUAUAUCUGCAUCGGAACAUGUUGUACUUUUAAUGAAUGAUCUUCUCAACCUCUGCUUACAUAGCUAUGAAACUGUUCGCCUACAUGCUGGGAAAGCGCUCUUGAAAAUGAUUAAACGUUGGCCUAAUAAAAUUUCAAACUGUGUCUUAACGCUUACUGUGAACUUGCGGAACCCCAAGGCACCAGAAUGUGCUGUCUUAGGUUCUUGUGCAGUCCUUGGCACACAAACCAUUCUGAAGCGUCUAACAACGGAUCCAAAGGCAUUUUCUUCGUUUCUUCUUGGAAUUCUUUCAAGUUCUCAUCAUGAAUCAAUGAAAGCUCAGAAAGCAAUCACUGAGUUGUUUGUCAAAUACAACAUCUAUUUUGCUGGAGUCUCUAAAAGGAUCUACAGUAAUUCUGGCAACAGUUCAGAUGGAAAAGAUUUCACAACUCUGGUAUCUGAGAUUGGUUCUAUGAGUUUUGAAUCGUCAAAUCUGCACUGGCGGUACAAUUUGAUGGCUAACAGAGUGCUUUUAUUAUUGGCCAUGUCUUCUAGAAACGAUCCAAAUUCAUCUUCAAAAUUUUUGAAUGAAACAGCUGGUCAUUUUUUGAAAAAUUUGAAAAAUGAACUUCCUCAGACAAGAAUUCUUGCAAUCUCUGCUCUAAAUACACUUCUUAAAGAUUCACCCUAUAAGUUAUCAGCAGUGGAACAGUCUUCUGGGAAUAUGCAAAUAAGUACCAAGUCAUCUCUUGAAGGGGCUUUAAGUCAUAUCUUCCAGGAAGAGGGAUUUUUUACUGAGACUUUAAAUAGCCUUUCACAUGUUCAUAUCAUCGAUACAGAUAGCUCAACUUCCACAAGUCAUAGUAACUCCUCUAUGCAGAGUUUAGCGGAUAAAUCGAUCACCCGUUUUUAUUUUGAUUUUUCAUCUUCAUGGCCUCGCACUCCUAGUUGGAUAUCUUUGCUGGGAAGUGAUACAUUUUACCCAAAUUUUGCUCGAAUUUUUAAGCGGCUAAGUCAAGAAUGUGGUAUACCUAUUCUCCUAGAGCUUAGAGGUGUACUAGAUGUAUUUGUAAAUUCCAAUGAGAGAUCUAAGCAGUGCGUUGCUGCUGAGGUUUUGGCCGGGUUGUUACAUUCUGAUGUUAAUGGUCUGUCAGAAGCAUGGGAAGAUUGGAUGAUGGUCCAGCUGCAGAGUAUAAUACUUGCACCAUCGGUGGAAUCUAUUCCAGAGUGGGCAGCUUGCAUAAGGUAUGCUGUUUCCGGGAAAGGGAAGUAUGGAACAAAGGUUCCUCUUCUUAGAGAAAGAAUCAUGAACUGUUUGAUCAAUCCAUUACCUCAAACAGCAUCCACAACUGUAGUUGCCAAACGUUAUACUUUCAUUUCAGCUGCCCUCAUAGAGAUAUCCCCUCCUAGAAUGCCAGCAGCUGAAAGACAGCUUCAAUUCACACUUCUGGGAGAGCUGUUGGGUAAUAUGAACCAUACAUCUGCCCAAGUGAGGGAAUCAAUUGGGAUCACUCUAUCUGUGCUGUGCUCAAAUCUACGCCUUCAUGCCAACUUUACUAACAGUAACUUGCAAGAGGAUGGAAAUCUUAAUGCAGGAAGUUGGGACAAAUUUUUAGUGAAAAGGGCAUCUGAACUUGUAGCUAAUAUACAGCAUGCGUUACAGGCUGACAAUAUGGAGAUAGCAGAUGGCAACGGCCAUGCAAAUGGUUUCCCAAAUGGGGGUGCUCAGGAUGAUAUGAAAUGGAUGGAAACGGUAUUCCAUUUCGUGAUUGCUUCAUUAAAGUCCGGAAGAUCUUCGUAUCUGUUGGAUGUUAUUGUGGGUCUUCUUUACCCUGUUAUAUCCUUGCAGGAAACCUCAAAUAAAGAUUUGUCAACACUGGCCAAGGCAGCGUUUGAAUUACUUAAGUGGAGGCUUCUCUGUGACUCUCAUCUCCAAAAAGCUGUAUCUAUUAUUCUUUUAUCAGCCAAUGAUACUAACUGGCGAACGAGAUCUGCAACUUUGACAUUUCUGCGCAGUUUUAUGUAUAGGCACACUUAUGUCCUGUCUUCUGUGGAGAAGCAACAAAUUUGGAAAAUUGUUGAGGCGCUACUAUCAGAUGCUCAAGUGGAGGUAAGAGAGCAUGCUGCUGCAGUUUUAGCAGGCCUGAUGAAAAGUGAGGAUGGAGAAUUAGCUGAAGACUUCCGGACUAGAGCCUACACUGAGGCAAAAGUCUUGCUGAAGAGGAGAAAACAGAGAGGUUCGCGUUCUGGACCAUCCAUAGCUUCCACACACGGCCCUGUUCUUGCUCUGGCAGCUUCUGUACUAUCCGUACCUUAUGAUAUGCCUAGUUGGUUGCCAGAUCAUGUUACUUUGCUUGCACAAUUUGUGGGGGAGCCAUCUCCAAUUAAAUCUACUGUCACAAAAGCUGUUGCCGAAUUCCGACGAACCCAUGCAGACACAUGGACUGUUCAGAAAGAUUCAUUCACUGAAGAGCAACUUGAGGUUCUUGCUGAUACAUCAUCUUCGUCAUCGUAUUUUGCAUAGUGUAUAUGUUUGGGCCCCACAGGUAGGAGAAGGAAAUAGCAGAAAGUACAGAAAUACAGAAGUGAAAGAUAGAAUAAAGUAGUCAGGCGAAGAGUUUUCUUGUAUUUCUACAGUGUAAUGUAAUAUUGAGAAUAGAGUUAUUUACAGUUGUAUCUAUAUAAAGAUUGCCAAAACUUUUAUUA